CCCAAACUUUCAGGACUACUGGCACCAACCACUCGCAUUCGUCACUCGUCCCUCUCCCCUCUCUCCCCCAAGGCCCCAACCCACUUGAGCGAGCCCUAGAGAAGGCAAAAGCCAUGGCGUCCUUGGUUGUUCGUGCCGCCGGCGCCGCCGCCGCCGCCGCCCGUCUUCCCUCCCUCCGUCCUCGCCGCAACGGCAGCGGGGUGCUCUCCGGCUUGAGGGUCGGAACAGGGCACUACGGCGCGCGGCUCGCGCUUGCUUCGUCCACAGCUUCUCACAAAGAGUUCAAGAUCGCCUGCCUUACUGUCGAUGACAGCAGUUUGGGCCCGGGGGAUGAAUAUUUUGGCCUCUAUACUCCUAAGCUGCUUGCAGUUACUGAAGAUGAUUAUGAGUCUGACCCCCGCAUGCCAGGCGAGGAUGAGUUCGACCAUUUCUACCGUGUUCUCGCCAAGAAGACUGACAACCUGCUCAGCUGCUACAUUCCAAUGCCGCUUGCACUUUCUGAAGAGGAGAAGGCCGUGCAGAAGGAGUUCAAGCUGAUCGCGAGCGGAUGCAUCGACCUCCUGGUUGGUGCGAUGCGCCGCACCCCCGCAGAGAAAAGGCGCCCACUGUUCUUGGUGUUUGGUGAGCUGUACCCGGUAUUUGAGUUUGUGAGGUGGACUGCCGAGGCGGGGUGUGCCAAGUGGUGGAUGGCGCUGCAGAUCAUCGAGAAGCUGGAGAUCGUGCGCAAGAUGGUGUCGAGCGCUUUCGGCGGCGCCCCUGUUGACAGAAGCAUGGUGUUCGCCAGGAAGGUGGACCUCACCGGUGUCGACGGCGAGGCGCUCGCCGGCCACGGCCUCGGGAGCAACUUAUCAGUGGUGAUCUUCGUGCUGAUGGACAGCGUCUUCAGCAACGUCAAGUCGGACAUCGAUGCCAUGGUGUCUGACCCUUGCCGCAUGGCAGACGAGGAUGUGCAGGAGUUCGACCAUUACUACCGUCAUCUGGCCAAGAGGGCUGCCAAGCUGCAUGCCAUCUACCCGCCUGAACUACCAAAGCCGCUUUCAGAAUCUGAAGAUGAGAAGGCCGUGCAGGAGAGGUUCAAGGAGAUGGCGAACGAGAGCAUCGACCUCGCGGCUGGUGCGAUGCGCCGCAUCCCCGCGGAGAAAUGGCGCCCACUGAUCUCGGUGUUUGCUUAUGUGUUCCUUGUAUUUGUGCGGGUGAGGUGGUAUGCCGAGAGAGGGUGUGCCAAGUGGUGGAUGGCGCCGCAGAUCAUCGAGGGGCUCCAAACCGUGCGCAGGAUGGUGUCGAGCGCAUGCGGCGGCACCCCUCUUGACAUUGACAAGGUGUUCGACAGGAUGGUGGCCCUCUCCGGUGUCAGCGUUCAGGCGGCGCCCGGCGGCCACGGCGUCGUCGGGAGCAACGACUUAUCAGAGGUGAUCUUCGCCCUGAUCGACAACGUCUUCGGCAACGUCAAGUCGGACAUCUAUGACAUGGUCUCUGCUUCCACUCCUUGUUAGCCAUCGUCACCAAGCUACGUACGUGUCUACAUACAGGAUCGAGAUUUGCAGUCACUAGCCUCAAGUGAUUGGAUCAUGCAUGUGAUUAGCUCUAGUCUUGAUGUGAUCAUGCAUGUGAUACCUGGUGCCCAAAGUACUACGUUUCUGUUCUACACUUCUACCCAGUAGCAACUUCACUGUGUUGGAUCAGUCACAUUAUAUGAUUUCUGAAAUUAGCC